AUGACGGGCUUCGCCCCCCUCACCUCUCGCGGCUCUCAGCAAUAUCGCGCCCUGACCGUGCCCGAAUUGACUCAGCAGAUGUUUGAUGCUAAGAACAUGAUGUGUGCAUCCGAUCCUAGACAUGGACGAUAUCUGACAGCAACCGCUCUCUUCCGUGGCCGAAUGUCGACUAAAGAGGUCGACGAGCAAAUGCUGAAUGUCCAGAACAAGAACUCAAGCUACUUUGUCGAGUGGAUCCCCAACAACAUCAAGAGUGGUGUCUGCGAUAUCCCACCCAAGGGUCUCAAGAUGGCUGUGACCUUCUUGGGUAACUCCACUGCCAUCCAGGAGAUGUUCAAGCGGGUGGCUGAACAAUUCACUGCAAUGUUCCGAAGGAAGGCUUUCCUCCACUGGUACACUGGUGAGGGCAUGGAUGAGAUGGAAUUCACCGAGGCCGAAUCCAACAUGAACGAUUUGGUUUCUGAGUAUCAACAAUACCAGGAUGCUACCGCUGAGGAGGAAGGUGAAUUUGAUGAGGAGGAAGGCGAGUAUGACAUGGAACCUAUGUAA